GCGUCGAUCUAACGCGGAACCCUAAUAACCCAGGCUUCGCUCCGCCGGCAGGCAGCAGAGCAGCUGCCGUGCCAGCAGGACGCCGUGUCUGUCCCGCCGCGGAGCGGGACUUGGAAACUUCCCCCCUGGAGCAGCGCGGAUGCGGCGCACGGAGGGACGCGCCGAGGUGCGAGGAAGUAGACACGCGGUUGUGCUCCAGCUCGCCGCUCCGACGUGGGGAUUUCAGCGGAUACCACCACCCGGACUGCUCCUCUUCUGUUAUCCCUCCUCUCCUCUCUUCUCCUCUCCUCUCCUCCAUGCACGGCUCUCUAGCGCCGGCUCCUGCAGCCAGACAUGCGGCUCCCUGCUCUCCCCCCCGGAACAGCCACUUUAUUCCCUCCUCUGACCCACCAUGCACUAUGAUUUAGUGGGUAUUUUCCACAAAAAAAGGCUCCUUUUUCAUCUUUAUUUUUAAAUCUUAAGUUGUUAUUUUGUGCAGGUGUCUCUUCUUUUUGUGUUGUUGUCGUGACUGACACCGUACUUCUAAAGACAUGAUUUUCCAGCCGGUGCAGAGCCAGGUACAUUUGCGUGUCUGAUUUAUUUCCUCUGGUUUCCACUCGCUCGCAGGAUAGGAAUCACUGGGUUUUUUUUUCUGUGGUUUAUUUUUUUGUGUGCGGCGUGUGUCAUUUCCAUGACCAUGAGUUACUGGGUGGUGAAUGCCCUGCUGCGUGGACUCGUCAUCUCUGCGGUACUGGGCUUGGAGAGCUCCCACUCCCACGACCUCAACACAGACCCCUGUCUCGUAGUGAUGCCGCCAUGCAUCGGCGAGGCCGACCGCUUCAGUCUGGAGGCGCUGCGGCACAUCCACAAACAGCUGGAUGACGACAACGAUGGCGGGAUAGAGGUCAACGAGAGCGUGGAGUUCAUAAUAGAAGACAUGAAGCAGCAGCAGACCAACAAACACAGCAACCUGCACCGGGAGGACCAGCACAUCACCGUGGAGGAGCUGUGGAAGGGCUGGAAGACCUCUGAAGUCCACAACUGGACCACGGAGGACACGGUGCAGUGGCUGAAGGAGUCGGUGGAGCUGCCGCAGUACGAGAGGAACUUCCGGGACUUCCGGAUCACGGGGAACACUUUACCUCGAAUAGCGGCAAACGAGCCGUCGUUUAUGUCGAUGCAGCUCAAGAUAAUAGACCAGCGGCAUAAACAAAAGUUAAACCUGAAGGCUCUGGAUGCGGUUCUCUUUGGCCCUCCUCUCCGUCCUCAGCAUAACUGGAUGAAAGAUUUCAUCCUCAUGGUUUCCAUAGUGAUCGGCGUCGGGGGCUGCUGGUUUGCCUACAUGCAGAACAAAUCCAGCAAGGUGCACAUUUCUCAGAUGAUGAAAGAUCUGGAUAGCCUGCAACACGCGGAGCAAAGCCUGCUGGAUCUGCAGAGCCGGCUGGAAAAGGCUCAGGAGGAGAACCGGACGGUGGCUGUGGAGAAGGAGAACCUCGAGCAGAAAAUGAGGGAUGAGAUUGACGGAGCCAAGAUGGAGGCACACCGACUCAGAGAGCUGCGAGAGGGCGCCGAGUGUGAGCUCAGCCGGCUCAAAUACGCAGAGGAAGAACUAGUCCAGGUGAGAAAGGCUCUGAAGCGGGCGGAGAAGGAGAUGCAGUCGGAGCGCUCGGUGCCCGAAGCGCUGCAGAAGUGGCUCCAGCUCACACACGAGGUGGAGGUUCAGUACUACAACAUCAAGAAGCAGAGCGCCGAGCUGCAGCUGUACGUCGCCAAAGACGAGGCCGAGAAAAUAAAGAAGAAGCGCAGUUCUGUGUUUGGGACCCUCCACGUUGCCCACAGCUCCUCGCUGGAUGAGGUGGACCACAAGAUACUAGAAGCAAAGAAGGCGCUGUCGGAGGUGACCGCCUGCCUGAGGGAGCGGCUGCACCGCUGGCAGCAGAUCGAGAAGCUCUGCGGCUUCCCCGUGGUCAAUAAUUCCGGUCUGCCGAGCCUGACGGCCAGCCUGUACUCGGACCACAGCUGGGUGGUCAUGCCCCGCGUCUCCGUGCCGCCCUACCCCAUCGCAGGGGGCGUGGACGACCUGGACGAGGACACGCCUCCCAUCAUGCCACAGUUCUCCACGGCGACGCUGAUCCGGCCCUCGCUCACGCGCAACAGCAGCCUGUGCCGCUCCCGCCGGAGCCUGCUGAGCUCUCCGCAGUCCUCGCUGAUGUCCCCGGACCCGGACCUGCUGUCCAUGGCCGGCUCGUCCCUCUCCUAUCGGCCCGAAGCAGACGACGAUCACGUCCUGUUCAGCUCAGAUAGGAGGGGGUAUGUAGCUGCGGCCGCAACAGGGCAUGGUUUCACACUUUGGACUCAAAGGGAAGCGGCUCAGGAGGGCGGCUCGGACACCGACUCGCUCAGCUCGUCCAUGGGCCGCAAGCAGCUGCACUCCCCGUGCACGCCGGGCGCCGACACCCCGUACCGCAAGAUCUCCCUGGAGGAGCUGCUGUUCUUCAGCCACGGCGCGGAGCACCCCGCCUCCACCCACACCACCAGCAGCAGCAGCAGCGGCAGUCUCAGGGACUCCACGCCCCCCCCGCUGCCGCCCUCCACCACUCCGUCCCCGGCCCUGGAGCACCAGCCGUUUGCACAGCGGACCUCGCCGGACCUCACCUCCGUCAUCCCCGAGUCCCAGAGCAUGCCGCUGUCGCCGGGGAGCGUCCCCUCCCAGGCGGGGAAGGGCGUGUACAACGGCAUCCUGGAGAAGUCCUACAGCUACGGGCAGCUGCCGGCCAGCAUGCUGCCCAACGUGGGGCGGCAGCCGUCCAUCACCUCCAUCACGUCCCUGGACUUAGAGGGCCGCGGUGCGGGACGGGAUUACAAGCUGCAGAGCACCUCCUCCCAGGACUCCAGUGACAAUGGAGAGAAAGCCAAGCGCUCCUCCAUGAAAAUCAAAAGCUUAUUUAAGAAGAAGAAAUAAAACUAGCCGAGUGAGAUAGUGUGUGUGAGAGUGACAGGAAGAGAGAAAACUAAAAAUAAGAUUUGUUUUAUCAUUAAUAUGAAAAAGGACGGACGUCACCGAAAGAUAAAACAUUUCAUUUUCUCUCUUCUUUUUCUUUAUUUGUUGCCAGAGAUGGAAUGUAGCUCAGCCGGAGAGCCGUCACAAGCUCCUCCGACUGGUAGCCUUAUUUUUCAAUAAUGCCUUUUUAUUUAGUUCACUCAUAGCCUCACAGGGAAACCUGCACAGGUCAAGGAAGAGUCGACGGAAGCUCAAAGCUCCUACCUGCUCACUUGUCUCUCUCCUCAUUUUCUUUUGAGUUCGAACCGAAAGAGAAAAAAGAAGCCGCUCUCGGCGGCUCUGGCGGUGCAGUCUGUAGUUUCAAGCACACGGUGUGGCGUUUCACUACUGACGCGGUUGGUUGCGGUGACGGCAGCUCACGAGUAACGGGCGGAGAGAAGAGGUCGCAGUAGGUCAUCCGCUCAAGAGUUCUGAACUCCUGUACUUGAUCCAUUUCCUUCAGUGAGAGAAAGGAAGAUAAAUGAAUAAAUACUCCUGCUAAAUGUUUGUUGCACUACUGCUUUCCCGGAGUUGUGGGAAAAACCCGCAGCUCACAGAGUAAAUAUUGAAUAUUGACUAAAGAUGCAGAGAUGAGAGGGAUGCAUGUCAGCGGCGGCCAAGAUGCACAAAGAGCCAGAAUCGAGCCUGUGUGUCUUUGCCGCCGCUCAUGGACGUCUCCACAUAUAUAAAUAUAAAUAUAAAUAUAUAUAUUCACGUACUUUGUUCUCACACUUAUGUUUUUCAAAUAGACUUUAAAACGGUGGAGUUUCUCUGCAGACUGAAGCGACACUGGUCACCUUCUCCGAGUUCUCCUUGCCUUUUAUUACUUGAUUAACUGCAUCCUGUAGCCACGGUAACUAAACAGACCACUUCCAUAUUUAGCUCCGACUAAUCCGCCCCCUCCUUGAACUUGGCGUCACAACAAGAUCUGGGUCGAAUUGGCUUUGCAAACGCUGUUGUUUUGUUUUUCCUUUUUUGUGUGGUGUUCUCUAUUCACGUGCAAUCACGCGUCGUUACCAGCGAGGCUCAGAGAGGGAGAGAAAUGCAGGGACGUGUUUGUUUUAGUUUAAUCUGGUGGGCUGAGAUGGUGUGUCUCUGUUAUCGGGCUUUCUGAAGACAAACACCGAGGAUGGAUUGAUGCACCUCCACGAAACCCUCCCUCUCCCCUCUAGGCGACGCCACACGCUGAGCUGCACACGCAAUACCGUCCCACCCCUCACCCCGCCGUGCCCCACCAGGCCCGCGCCGGGCGUACUGAUGUCAACAGCUUCACACUGUGAUUUCCGGCUGCUCCACCCUCCCCCCCCUCCCCUUCAUCCUGGUUCCUGGUUGCUGGAGACGCGCGGCACAAGUGGGGGGGAUGCCACCGGACCACAGGGUGACCUGAAGGUCCGGUGGCCGGUUUUUAAACAAAACAUAACAAAAAAAAGCGCAUAUAUGUGGAAGGUUGUGGACAAUGCAGCACAUGAUGAAGGAAAGAACUGCAAGGCGAGGAGGAAGUGAAUGUUUACGAGUUGUUUAGGAGUUUUUGAGAACAUUUUGUGUGUGAAUAUUUGUAUACUGUAGAGGAAUUAAUAAUAAAAAAAAAACAU